GGCUGCCAGGUUGCGCAGGAGCUCGUUUCUGGAGCCGCCGAAGGUGAGCAUUUACAAUUUGGAAGGAGAUGGAUAGCUAUGGUGUGGCAAGUAGUUGUUGCUGGGUAGGAGAAUAAGGCAGUAUCAGAAAAAAAAAAAUACUGUAGUGAGCAGAAAGUGGUGGUAAGCAGACAACCAUGGGCACGAAGCAAAGAGCGUGGCAUGUCUCGUCCUCGCCUUCGUCAGUGGAGCGAGACUAUAUCGAUCUUUCUGACGAAGACGAUGAGCACGGGACCGCUGACUUGACGCUGAGCAUUCUAGCUAAGGCGGAGAAGCGCGAGCGGGAGAGAUUGGAAGAGAAAGCAGGACCCGAGGUGAUUGACCUGGAAUCGGAGGAUGAUGUGUGCACCCUGCGGGAGGAUGCGGAGGAGAUGAGGGAAGCUGUUUCUUUCAGAGGGUUGGAGCUGGAGGUUGAGCUUGAGGAAGGCGAGCUUAAGGAUAUGUCUGAAUCCCAAGGUGAUGUGGAGCUCGAGGCUCCCGUGUCGAAGGCGCAGAUGAAGAAGAAGAAGAAAAAGAAGGAAAAAAAAGAGAAAAGGGAGAAGCGGAAAAGAGAGGCACAAGCAAUUUUUGCGAUUACGGAUGCCUCUAAGCCUGCACCAGGCGAACCAGCAGAAUCGAAACUUCAAGAUGCUGAAGAAAGUCUUGCAAUGCGCAAGCUGCUUCGUGGUCCUCGGUACUUUGAUCCUCCAGAGGAACAAGGAGAGACGUGCUACAACUGCGGUAAACAAGGUCACAAAGCAGCGGACUGUUUGGAACAGCCACGAGAAAAGCCUUGUUAUGUGUGCGGCAAUUUCGGUCAUGCUGGUUACGAUUGUCCAGAGAAAACAGAGUGCUAUGAAUGUGGAAAGAGCGGGCAUGUUGCCCGACAUUGUCCAAAUAAAUAUCACAAGUCUCGCAGCGGCACUGGGAUUUGUCUUCUUUGUGGCAGAUUAGGGCAUGAUGCAUCUGUAUGCUCUGGAGAAUAUGACCCUCAAGACUUUAAGCAAGUGAGAUGCUACAUCUGCAAGCGAACAGGACAUCUGUGCUGUAUUGAAGUUUCGGACGCGUCUCCAACUCCUGUAUCUUGCUAUCAAUGUGGUGAUUUGGGGCACACUGGAGUGUCGUGCAAUAGACAGAACACGGAUCGAGGAGACAAGUCUUCAUGCUACAAAUGCGGACAGGAAGGUCACUUCGCCCGAGAAUGCCAUCAGAUGUACCAAGACUACAACAUCAAGCAGCGGCGUCAUUCAUGGCCAGCUCCUUGGUCUGCGGAUGAUGGAAGAUAUGGAGAGCAGGAAUCUCCCGUCACUCCAUAUAACCAUGGUAGGCCUCCUUCAUUUAAAAGCCGCCUGGAACAAGCGUCUUCUGGUAAAAGUAGGCAUCAUGAUGAGAGUCGAAGGGGAUCGAAGCGGAAAUGGAAAGAAGCUGAGGAUGACAGAUGGACACCCAGGUUGUCAGACAGACUCAUGGAUAGCCAUCGGCAUCGGUCACGGGAUUAAUUGAAUUAAUGCAUUGUUGGAAUCAAUUUGAUUGUCGGGUGCAGCGUAUCCCUCUUGUGCUUGGCCGCUAGAGGCACAUGCUCAAGGCAAAGCUUUGUACCAUUGUAUUUGCAGUUUGACCAUAACCAUCUGGAGCAGAUCUUGCAGCAGUGCUGUAAAUCUGAUCACCUUUGUAAACAGUUGGGCCGCAUUGCAAACUAUGCAAGAUAUCUGCGGAACCAUCGGAAGUGGUUCUAGCAAUGAAGACUCUAAAAUCUAGUGCAACAUGCUGUGGUGGGAAAAAACUCGGCACAGUAUGACCCAGGAAUCUUCGGUGGUAAUCGCGUAGUUUGGUCAAAGUUCAAAUAUUUAGGCUUCCAGGUGCUCAAGUUGCCAGACCUUGCAUCACUUGUAGGAGGAUUGACCUUCCUGCUCAAAAUGUUCAUGUUUUCUUCUGCUGUCAGUGAACCCUCAAGGUUGCAAAAGUUUGCUACACCA